AUGACCUCCAAGCUCAUCCCCAUCAAGGACCAGGCGGCGCUGGUCCUCGAGGACGGCAAGAUCUACAAGAUCCAGCGACGCCGGCAGCGCAAGAUCUUGAGUUGCGUGCCCUGUCACCAGCGUAAGAUAAAAUGUUCCCGCGAGCAACCCGCGUGCCAAAACUGCACCAAAAACCAUUGGAGCUGCUCCUACUUCCUCAACGAUCGCGUGUCGCGCGGGAAAAGCAGUCCUGCUGUCGCGGCCGAUCUGCCCUCGCCCCAGCUGCGCGAGAACAGCGCGCCCCCCGCGGGCGAUUCCAAGCAACAGCUCCUCAUGGCCAUCGAGAAGGCCAAGACUAUGGUCCAGGACGAGAAGACCCUGCUUGAGCUGCGUAAACAGCACAAGCGCCGGUACGCCCACCGUAAGAAGGCCGCGGACGCGGCCUACGGCCGCUUCCCGCGCGACCCUGCCACUGCCUUGAGCUCCCCGCAAUCCUCGUCGACCGAAACGCUGGACUGUGCGUCCAGCUGUGCGCCUACGCCGGCAUUCUCGCCGCUCGUGACGGGGUCACCUGACCAGAAGUCGCCGGACGAGUCCGUGUCGCGUGAUCUGGGGGUGUCACCUGACCACGGUGUCACUUUUUCGCUUCGGGACAUACUACUGUAUCUGCCCUCGCGAGCGCGGUCCGAAGAGUUGUGCGACGUCUACAGGAAUACGGUGCAUCCGAUAAUACCGCUUUUCAAUGUUGAACAGCUGGUGGCAGACCAUGCGUUGUUCUGGGCGGGCCUCGAAGCGGGCCCGCCCACGGGCUCGCCCGCAACGAAAGAGUUUUUGCAACUGCUGUUCCCGGUGUUAUACGCUGCAACCAAGUCCGAAUUCCACCGGCGCAGCAAUUCGUCGGAACUUUACGACGAAAUGGCCUCCUACCACGAGGCCUCCGACCUGCUUUACGCCAUGAACGAUUUCCCAAACAGGUAUACUCUCCAGUCGCUGGCCGGGUUCGUGCUCAUAAAUUCGAUCAUCGAAAACCCAAACAUCACCACGAUUGCCCAGCUUUCCCGGCUGGCGCAGCGGGCCAUGCUCACGCGCGACCCGGUCAGUCACCACAAGAUUACGGACUAUGCAGCGGUGCAAUCGCGCCGGACGCUUUUCUGGCAAAUUUUCCAGCUCGACACGAUGACCUCGCUUCACAACAAUCUGCCGCCUUUGCUGAAACUCGAGGAGUUCGACACGGCGCUUCCCUCCGAGGUGUCCGGCGGCGUAUUGGACCCGAGCCUGUGUUUUCUGAACGCCAAGUAUCGGUUUGUCGUGUUGUUGAACGAGCUUUGCUCUCAGUCGAGUCGGGGCGUGAUUCAGGGAAUCAAGGAGCGGAUCGUCGAUCUACACGCCUGCUGCAUGGGAAGCGCAUUGUCGCUGACCAACUACAGCAAGCAGAAUUUCCCGCGCUCGCCCUUGGAAGCGAAAUUUAUCGAGUGGGCUGUUUUCAUGCUGAACACUUUUGCCGAUCGUGCAUGCCUUUUGUUGCAUCUGAAUAUCAUCAAGACUUCGUUGCCCAUGCUCAUGCGUCGCCGCAAAUUUUGGAGGCGCACUUUGAAUGCCGAAGAUGAAGCCUCCGAGGACCUGAUCGCCAAAAGCGGCUACGGAUUGCAUUUCCUAGCGAUCCAGGCAAUCUUAAACGAUAGUGGUAACCUUGCGCUCGAUCACCAUUUGAUGGGUGGCUUGGAAACGCCCGUUCCGGGCAAAUUGGUCUACAACUACGAAGAUCUCACAAACAACUUGAUACCCGCCUCUUUGCACUAUUUGGACGAGUUUUUGAAAUACCAUGGCGACGAUACUUACUCCUGCUACAAUUGGGAGUUGCUCGUUGGGAACAUGCCGAUAAAUGCCAUUACAUUCGUGUUAAAAACGCUUGCAUUGGAUCUCAAUCGCGCGCAGCGUAUAGGGCAAGUGUUGAUAUUGCAACACGAUCUGCGCUACAUACUUCUUUCAAAAGCGAUUCCCGUUGCGGAGGCCAAGAUCGAUUCGGAUACGGCUAUUUGUCGGAACUGUUUCCAGCUUGUCAAACUUUUGUUUAAUCUCAUCAUUGUGAAGUUUGACACUUCAAAAAACGUGCUUGACGCAGCGACGGUCCCAGGUGUGAAACUCUACGCAGGCAAGUACGACGUUGGUAGUCUUGUGAUGCAAAACAAUCGUGCAAGUGUUGUUCCACAGCCCAGCAUUGACCUUCGCGCCGUUGGUAGCGACACGAGCCACUCGGGCCCCAACAUGACUGCCAAAACAGAAGUAUGGACGGGUCGCGACGCUAGUAGCAUCUUGAGUAUUACCAGCAUCAUCAACAGUGGCCAUCUUUUCACGAGCAACUUCAACUUAUCCGAUAACAGCCUUCUCCAAAACGCAAUCCGCGCCGAUAACGCAGACACAACUUCGUGUGCACUGGUUGCACCCAAGAUUAUGCGAGAACUGUCGUGCUCGUUUUACAAUAAUUCUGAAUCUACGGAGCCAGCAGAGUCCGCAGGAAGUCUCGCUGUGGCCGACAUGUUACUCCGCUCGGAGCCCACAGAGUCACCAGGGGAACUCGACUACCUGAGCUCCUUCAAAAGGGCUCUAGCCAAGAAAUCGAACACAGCAUCCAUAAGCGCAGCGUCGACGAAGGCCCAAAUACAAGAUAUUCGGCAGGAUGUCCAGCGGUAUAUCCUGCUACUGAACGCAGACGCCGACGAAGCUGAAACCAUUGGCACGGGCGACGAGUACUACCGCGAAUUCGAAAAUGCACUUUUGGAAAUCAUAUGCGGCAUACUGGCCAGCGACGAGAAGUAA